AAGAAGAAGAAGAAGAAGAAGAAAAAGAAGAAGACAGUUCAGUACCAUGGCGGCUGUCUUGAGGAGAAACUUGCUAACAUUCUUCAAGGGCGUGAGCGUCCCACAGUGGCAACAGCUGACCUCUCGGCCACUGAGUGUAUCUGCUGGUCUCUGUGGCCCAGAUGUUCUACCUGCCCGUGCUGAUGCGAUCUUCAAGGUAACAAUGUUACCUGGUGAUGGAGUAGGACCUGAGCUGAUGACCUCUGUUAAGGAAGUCUUCAAGGCAGGUGACAUCCCAGUUGAGUUUGAGGAGUUACACCUGAGUGAGGUACAGAAUAUGGCCAGUGAAGAAAAGCUGCAACAAGUGUUGACCUCAAUGAACAGCAACAAAGUGGCCAUUAAAGGAAAGAUUCACACACCCAUGGAGUACAAAGGGGAGCUGGCCUCAUAUGAGAUGAAACUGAGGCGUAAACUAGACUUGUUUGCUAAUGUGGUUCACGUGAACAGCCUGCCUGGUUACAACACUCGCCACAACAACCUGGACCUGGUCAUUAUUCGUGAACAGACUGAGGGCGAGUACAGCUCCUUGGAGCAUGAGAGUGUGAAAGGUGUGAUUGAAUGUUUGAAGAUUAUCACCAGAGAGAAGUCACGGCGUAUUGCUAAGUUUGCCUUUGAUUAUGCCACUAAGAAGGGACGACUUAAAGUCACUGCUGUUCACAAAGCCAACAUCAUGAAGCUGGGUGAUGGCUUGUUUCUUCAGAGCUGUGCCGAGGUGGCACAACUUUACCCAAAAAUCAAAUAUGAGAACAUAAUCAUCGAUAACUGUUGCAUGCAGCUGGUCCAGAAUCCAUACCAGUUCGACGUGCUGGUGAUGCCCAAUUUGUACGGCAACAUUAUUGAUAACCUGGCGGCGGGGCUGGUUGGAGGAGCAGGAGUUGUACCUGGUGAAAGUUACAGUGCUGAGUACGCUGUCUUUGAGCCUGGUGCACGUCAUCCAUUUGCUCAAGCUGUAGGAAGAAAUAUUGCAAACCCCACAGCCAUGCUUCUCAGUGCUGCAAACAUGCUGAGACACCUAAACCUGGAAUAUCACUCUCAGAUGGUGUCAGAUGCUGUGAAGAGGGUAAUCAAACAGGGAAAGGUGCGGACACGUGACCUUGGUGGUUACAGCACCACAGGUGACUUUGUGAAUGCUGUUGUGGAAAACCUGCGUCACCGACCUGUUUAUUAAGAUGUUUCAUCUCCAGAAAGGUUGCAUCAGAAAGCUGUGUCACAGCUUGAACAGUUGCUUCAUCACUGUUACGUUUUUUUAAAUAUCCGUUGUAUAGUUGAUCUAACUAAAUGAGCAGUGCCUUGUGUUAAUGUUUUAUUUUUAUUUUAUUUUUAUCUUUUGGGAUGCGUCCUCUGAUUUGUAAUCUUGAUCUUCUGUUGUGCACUCCUUUCCUCAUAGACACUUUGAGUUUAUGACUGAGUUAUGACCAUGUUCCUUUAUCUUGGUUUCUUUGUGUGAAUGUGACAACCUUAUGCACGUCAGUCCUUCACUCAUUUUCUGUGCAUCCAUUGUUUUGUCCUUUAUCUCAGAUUCACACCGCUGUUGUCCGUCAGACUACUGCUUUACAAUUUUACAUGAUGUAAUGCUGACUGUGCAAGCAACCAACCACUUUUCACUUUUCUUUUUUAUUCUGCUAACCUUUAAUUUUGCCCUGUGCCACCACUUUUGCUUCAUUGUUUUUGCUUUGUGUUUUAAUUUUUUUUUUAAUGUGAUAUCCUCGUGAUUAAGAGCUAAAACUAGGCUACCUAUAGAUCCUGUGCAGUCAUGUCAACAUCCGUGCAAAUGUCACUAUUUUAGAGGGCAAAGGAGAUGCAGGAUUCAUUUGUUCAGCACACAUCGUCUCAUUAGUACUGGAAUGAAAAGCACAAGCACAAAUCUACCUAUCAGUAAAUACGCAUAACACUUAGUGAUGCUGAGCAAAGAUAUGUGAGAAAUUGUUUGCGAGUUGGGGUUCAGGAACCAUCCAACUUGCCUGUAUAAUUCAACACACUUUUUGUCUACAAAUGACACAGUGAUCCACUAAAACUAUUUUAGCUUGACACCAUGUGUAAGUGUGUCUGAUGGACAAAUCCAACUUUAGAACUGAGCCAAAAUUGACCCACAGAACUCCAGUUUUGCAACACCAACGCAAUUCGUUUAAUCCUCUUUCUGGGUCUUAUGGAAAUCUGUCAAAGGAAAUACUCUGUGUUCCAUACCAGUAAGUGCAGCCACAUGCUGAACAUGAAACCACUGUGUGAAGCCAUAAGGUUCAAAAUGAUACAAUAUUGAAGAAGGCUUUCUUGCCAGGCAGGAUCAUGGAUUAAGUGAUUUUGGCUGCAUGGGGUGUAUAGGACAAUGAAAUCUGUCAGAUAGUACU